AGCCAAUGCCCCACACAGUCAAGGCGGGGCAUCAUGGAACCCAUUAAACUCAGGCGCGUUUUAACGCGUCUCUUGAUCUUCACGCCCUUACCGUGAGCUCUGUCUAGCCCAACUCAAACAUCACACAACCACAAUAAUGUCUGCUUACUCUGGAUUCACAAAAACAAGCUAUGGCGCCCAAGGGGGUGACGAUUCUGGCGGCUUCUUCGCUGGUGGUUCACAACAGGGCAGUCAAGGCGGCGCCGGCGGCAAGUCAUACCAGGACGAAUCCUUGCGGCCUGUCACAAUCAAGCAGAUCCUCGACGCCGAAGAGGCAUACGCUGGCGCAGACUUCAAAAUCGACGGUUCCCCUGUGACACAGAUCACAUUCGUCGGACAGAUUCGCAAGAUCCAGCCUCAACCUACAAAUAUCACCCUCAACAUCGACGACGGAACCGGUAUGAUUGAGGUCAAGAAGUGGAUCGACGUCGACAAGCAGGACGAUGCUGAUCCCGGUUUCGAGCUGGAGUCUCACGUUCGUAUCUGGGGUCGUCUCAAGUCCUUCAACAACAAGCGACAUGUCGGAGCUCAUGUUAUUAGGCCUGUGGCGGAUUUCAACGAGGUCAACUAUCACAUGCUCGAGGCUACAUACGUUCAUCUCUAUUUUACCAAGGGCCCUCUCGGUGGUCAAGGUGGCGCCAAUGGAGACGGAGAUAGCAUGUUCGUGGAUGGUGGUGGCUACAAUGACAAUGGAGGCGGCAACGCUGGCCAGGCGCCUACUAAGCUCGCUGGCUGCAGUGGGCUUGCCAAGAAGAUGUUCAACUUCAUGAACGACACACCUGGUGGCAAUGAAGGUGUCCAUCUCAACGUCAUCACCAACUCUACUGGCAUGUCAGUGCGGGACGCUCUCACCGCUGCUGACGAAUUGCUUGGCCAGGGUCUUAUCUACACCACAGUUGAUGACGAGACAUGGGCAAUCCUCGAAUACUAACAUAAGAAUUGAGUUUACAAGGGAUGGACUGCGAGAAGGGCAAUUUACACGGAAUACAAACAACAAAAGCUAGGUGCACGGUGUUUACGGUUACAGGAGGGACCAGCUUAUGAAGGAAUGACAAUCUUAUAUCGGUUAUUUCUCUCUAAUGAAUGACUCGAGCUAGUUGGCGCACUGCAAAAACAGAAGAGAUAGACAGCUAUUGCGGUAGAGACUGCCGACAUGUGUUGGCAACACGAAAUGGCCAGAACCAUAUCUGCUUCAUAUCAUCAAAAGAUGCCGAUGCCCAAAAGAAUGAAAAGAGUCAACGAACUCGGUGUACAACUAACGCAAAUUCUCGCGCAACCAGAACUCACAUCACAACACAUUUGUUCCAAUCUUCUUGCUCAUGGAUGAGGUUCUGGAUAUCCUCAACCUCUUCGACUUCAGCCUCCGACCCUGUGUCGACAUUUGGAAGGAUCAGAGGCUCGUCUCCCUAGAACUUGACUGCGUUGCUGACGGCAGAAACGAUAAC